CGACUUUCUCUCUCUCCUCUGUCAUGACGGAUGACAACGCCGUAAAUCAUCAGGAUUUCGUCAACAAAGGAGAAGAUUGUUAUUGUUAGAUCACCACACCUCCUCCCUCCCCCACCGUAUCAAAGCAAAAUCGAGGGGCAAUUUUGUUGGGUCUCUCUCUAUAUAUAAACACUACCCCCGUUACCCCGUUCCCCAGAACGGGGCUUUUUUUUUUUCUUCUUUUCUUUUCUGGUUUCUUUCUUUUGGUUGCCUUUUUGUUCUCUGCUUCUCCCUCUAGAUAUAUAGGGGGAGUGAGAGGGAUGGCGAAGGAAUCGACGGCGAGGAAAUGCUCGCACUGCGGGAACAACGGCCAUAACUCCAGGACGUGCAGCGGCAUGGGUGGUUGCGAGAAGGGAGGAGGUGGGGAUGGUGAAGGGUUGAUGCUAUUUGGCGUGAGAAUUGGUGGUGGUGGUGGUGGGGACGGGGAGAUGAUGAGGAAGUGCAAGAGCAUGGUGAACUUGGCGUCGUGCGCCGAGCACAGUUCGGGGGAUCAGGGGUAUCUCUCCGACGGGCUUGUUCAUUCUUCUUCGAAUAGAAGGAAUGAGAGAAAGAGAGGUGUCCCAUGGACAGAAGAGGAGCACAGGACCUUUCUGGCAGGCCUAGAGAAGCUUGGGAAAGGAGAUUGGAGAGGAAUUUCAAGGAAUUUUGUCACUACUAGAACUCCAACGCAGGUUGCUAGUCAUGCUCAAAAGUAUUUCCUGAGGCAGGCUAGCUGCAAGAAGAAGAAACGCAGAUCCAGCCUUUUUGACCUAGUGACAAGCGAGGGUGGAACUUCAAAUGGCAAUAACAACAAAGCAGCAGAUGCAGGCUCAGAUGCUUUCUCAGCGUCACCUUUGGGUAUGAGUUGUGAUGUUUCUGGUCACAAUUAUACAAAGUUAGCGGGAGGAUCAUCCUCUGGAUCUGAAGCUUCACUGCCAGCCUUAUCACUGGCCUCAAUCAGCGAGUGUUGUGAAUCUUCUAACCAAUUAAGUCCCGUUUUACAGAAGCCCCAUGGCCAAGCAGCUGAUUUCACCUCCAUUUUUCUUCAACCUUCUCUAAGCUUACUCGCACCGCCCUGCCCAGAAACGGAGACAAUCUGUCCACCUGCUCCCAACCAUCUGGCUGCCACUCCUUCCAGCCCAUCACCUGCAGACACAUCCGAUUUGGAGCUCAGAAUCGCACCUCCACAACCACUAGAUUCUGACAAGUUCUCCUCAUCCAGCAGUAACUUAUUUGAUGCCAUAAGAGUUGUAUAAUCGUUGGAAGGAUUAGUUCUGUUAAAUAGGCAGAUGGGCCUUUGUUUCUCCUUUUACUACAACAUGAACUUGUAUAAAGAGAACGGAUGAUAGGUUGGUGUAAGAAAAAGGGGUUCUGGCUAUGGAGGCUGUGCAGUCUCCCCUGUGCGCUGUGUGAUACAGAGGAUCUGUCACUGCUACUGUAUUUGGAGGUGUCGGGGACGGCAAAUAAAGAGAUGGGGGGUCGGUGUCUUGACAAAUCUGGCCUGUUUUGUUGGCUUCAUUACCUUCCCUUAAAUCUAAGUCAUUUUCUCCAAAAA